CAUUUAAUAGGAUCUCGUUAUCUAACGCUCACUUGCCAGCCAGCCUGUCUGAAAGCCUUUAGUAGCAUACUGGCGUUACUUGACCGCAGUUCACUUCUAUCGUAGUCCUGCGAUAAUGUUCCGCAAUCAAGUUGCGAACCUGGUCGUAAUUUUAAUCACCUACAAAAUCAUAACCGUCACUGAAGCUGAAUGUGGCCAUCGGAAGACCCUAGCCAAAGAGUUGGUUCACUACGGGAAGAACUCCCGCCUCGGCGAGUGGCCAUGGCACGUGGCCCUGUUUCACAGCGUGAACCAGGCCGAACCCAACUACGCCUGCGGGGGUACGAUCAUCUCGCGCAGGUUUGUACUAACUGCGGCGCACUGUACGUAUCCCGAGUACAAGACUCGACCGCUGCGGGCCAAGGAGAUGCUGGUACGGGCGGGGAUUGCGAAUCUGUACAACUUGGAGCACUCGCUGCAGGAGGUUGGAGUUGAGGAGAUCGUGAGGCAUGCGGAGUUCAACACAAGAACGUUGGAGGAUGAUAUCGCGCUGCUGAAGGUGGAGGUGGAUUUUGAGGUUACGGAUUACGUGAAACCGCUUUGUUUGUGGAGUGGAAGUAGCGUUGAGGAGCUGAUCAUCGGGAAGAAGGGAAGCUCUGCUGGUUGGGGCGAGGAUGAGGAGCAUAAGCUGACUGGCGCGUUGAAGCACGUUCCGAUGUUGAUCGUGUCGAGACGUCGCUGUCGGGAUAGUGAUCCGGACUAUUACACGAGAUUCCUGUACGAUCGGAAGAUGUUCUGCGCUGGGUUCCGGAACGGAUCUACACCGGCUUCCGGAGACAGUGGAGGAGGACUGUACAUCGAGGGGAAGGACGGCAAGUGGGGACUGCGAGGGAUUCUGAGCAACGGGAAGAUCGAGGCCGAGACUCGGUUGGUGGAUCCGAAGAGCUUCGUUGUGUUUGUUGAUGUGGCGUAUUAUCUACCGUGGAUAAGAAAGAAGACGAACAUCAGUGCGGAUGGAGAGGACACGGCGCUGUUCAACCAGGACUUCUCCACGUGUGGUUUGCUUCCGGAGAUCAGACAACAACGACCGUGGCCUUGGCAGGGGGAAGUGUAUCGGAACGCUAGUGGAAUACAUCGAUUGUGUGACGUAGCGAUCAUCAGCGAGCUGUUCCUGAUAUCACCAGCGAAGGUAUACCGG